ACAUGCGCCGGAGCCACUUAAGGAGAAUAUGGUGCCAAUUGGCGAUGGAAACGCCAAAAUCCCAAUGGAAAUUUACACAUCCAUUAAGUGGGAUUCCUAUACUAUGGCCACUAGGAAUCUACUAUCAGCCGUAUUUCCUCGCCACAUUCUCGCUACACAUUCGUUAAGCGGAAACCGGUCACCAGCGUUCCCCAACAAACCGGCCAAAGAGAAAUUGGACCCCAAACUAGUACACGACAUUGUAAAAACUGUCGUGGAGAAGUGUGGUGUACCGGAAAAUAUUGUGAGGAAAGCUAUAACAAGCAAAUGUGCCGAUGAGACUAAAAUGUUACGACAUCGGCAAAAAAAUAAAAUAGAAUGAUGAUAAGGAAUAG